AUAAAAAAAAUAAAAAGAUAAAAAAGAUAUAUGAUAUAUAUGAAAUUGAUAGAAAAGAUAAAUACACGGAUACGUAAUUUAAAAAACUUAAGAUAUCGAAAAUCAUACAACAUUAUAGAGGAUUAAUAUUAUUAAUUUAAUAAUAAAUUUUAGGUCACAUUCGAUAGUCUAUUCUUUCCAUACCUUUGACUCGGUUGCAACCCUAAAUUCAUCGGUUUAAUUGGAUGCCAUCAAUUCAAACUAUAAUAUCACCUUUCACCUAUAUUAGAUGCGCAUAUUACUUAAUGCCCUCGCUCAUUAUCUCUUCGUUCCUUUGAUUUUUCCAGUCACGCUAACAGCCAUCUUUUCGAUCAUACUUUAUCCAUAUUUUUUCUAUUCUUCAUCUUCUUUCCUUUCUCUUAUCCAUUUUAACAAUCUGUGUCUGAAAAUAACGAUUCUAUUCUUGAAGUUUCACUUAAGAAAAUUAAAGAAUAUUGGAAAUCCUCGUUUUUAUAUAUUACAAAUCGAAUCGAAGUUAAAUGAACAUGGCAUGAUUCAGCGAUAAAGGUUUUAUGAAAAUUGUUAUGUUCUUUCUCCUUUCAUUCAACAUAUCGUUGAUUUUUAUGCUUUUUUGAUUAUAAUAAACAUUUCGCACAUUCUUGCGUAUAAAUAAAUUUUACAUAGUUUUAUAAGAUUUGAUUUGAUUUUUUUUUUUAUUAAAGAAUUAUGAAUAUAAAAAUUAAUAUUUUAAGUUAAUAUUUCAUGCAGCUCUUGCAUGUUUAAGCAUUGACAUUAAUAUGUAAAUAUUAUCACGUAAAACAUUAAUAAACAUGAAAUAUAUUUUCCAAUAUGGGCUAACUUAAUUGAAUUUCUCCGAAAGACAUUAUCGGUAUGAUUAUCUUUGUAAAAAUACACGAAAAGUAACGAAAAAAUAUUAUUUAUCGUAUUCAAUUUCUUAAAUUCUGUUUCAAAAUUCAACACACUAAUUUAUCUAUUCCGUUCUUUUAAAACUUUAAAAAUAAACCAAUGAAAUUAAAUUUGCAUAUGCUACUGCUACAUACUAAUUUAACGCUCAAUCUAGAAAUAAACAGAAUCAAUUUCUGUUCGUGAUAAUCUAUUCCUAAAUUAUCUCAGUCUAUUCCAAAUCAACAUCCAAUCUAUUCAAUAGAACUAUAAAGUACACAAAUCUAUUUUUACCGCCUAACAUGAUUAUCCAAGGAGUUAAUUCGAUUAAUUUUAGAUUAUGACUACCAAUUAUUAAUUCAGACUACAAUACGAAUACAAAUUAAAAUAUUAGCUUUUUGAAUAACAUUUAUCGUAUCCACAAAUGUUAAUUCUUUUAUAACUCAAAAGAUAAAUCUAAACAAAUCUAAUUCACAUACAUCUAAUUCUAUAUUCCCCUAAAUUCGAAUCCUUUCUACAAACAUAGAACAUGGAACACCCCAAACACCAAAUGUUCUAACAAUAAGGGGGUGAACCCAUGGCUAACACGCGACUUUGAACGACGCAAGAAAGCCGCAAGUGAAAGAGCGCAGGUCUCGAGGCUGAGGAGGAGAAACUGGCCGCGGGUGGUCGAAUGAAGUCACGCAAGGGUUGAACUGAGACCCCAGAGUAAAGCCGCCGAUUGUUUCCGUGGCAAAUCAGUCAGUCUGCAGAAUGAGGUGUCCCGCGUGGCUGUUUUUCGCGUUGUUCCCGCGAUUUUUCGCCGUGUUACCGGUCACCAAUUCUCAGAGGACCCACGCAAGACAGGGAUUGGGCCGUGAACAACCUGUGGUCGAGAUCUCCGAGCAAGGAACAGUCGUUGGCAAGGAGGUAUUUUUAAGUGUUACUCAAAAGGUGAUACAAUAUUUAGGAAUACCUUAUGCCCAGCCACCGUUAGGAAAAUUACGUUUCACUAUUCCUGUUACCGAACCGCUUCCAUCAUGGAGCGGUAUACGAAAUGCAACACAAUUUGCAUCAUCUUGCCACCAAAUGACAAAUCGUUUGAAGCUCCAUGAAAAACUUUAUAAAAGAUUGUUACCACUUGAUCAACUUGAUCCUGGAGUUAGCGAAGAUUGUCUGUAUUUGAACAUCUACACUCCUGAUGGUAACAGACCAGACGAUGGAUGGCCUGUUAUGGUGUGGUUUCAUGGUGGUGAUUUUAACACUGGCACUCCAGCUAUAUGGGAUGCAUCAUUUUUCGUUAACAAACAUAAAAUCAUGGUGGUCACGGUGGCUUAUCGUCUCAAUAUCCUUGGCUUCUUCACAACCACGGACGCAGAGGCUCCAGGUAAUUAUGGCAUGUUCGAUCAAAUAGCAGCACUGGACUGGAUUCAGAAGAAGAUCAAGAAUUUUGGUGGUUCUCCGUCCAAUGUGAUAAUAUAUGGCCAUAGUUCGGGUGCCAUAAGUGUAGGUUUGCACCUGGUUAGUCCUCUGAGCAGAGGUAAAUUCUCCAAAGCCAUUGCCAUGAGCGGAGACGCAGUAAGCUCUGUGGGUUUACCACAAACGGAAUUACCGGUGGUUGAUAUCAUCGCCGAAAAAUUUGGUUGUUAUCGACAACCCACAUCAGCCUUGAUGGAGUGUCUUCGUCGAGUAGAUGUAAACAUCCUGGUCCGUGAAUCCUCAGACAUAGAAACGUGGGGUCCUAUUGUUGAUUAUACAACUAAUAACUCCACAGAACCGUUUCUAUCUAUGCAUCCAAGAGAUGCAUUAGACAGUGGCACUUUGAAUUCUGUUCCUCUACUCGUUGGUUAUACGAAUAAUGAACAGGCAUUGGCUUACAUAGAGUCCCUAAGCAAGGAGAACGUAGAUGGUAAACUUUCGUUUAACAAGUUCGAGAUGCUAAUCACUGACGAAUUUGUAUCAUUGGUCCAGAGCCCGGAAGACAAUAGUACCUGCGACCUGAAGCCAGAAAUGGUCGCCGAGGCGGUAUUAUUUUUUUAUAAACCUCAUCCACCGAGCAAGGAUCAAGGUGUGCUUCGGGAUAGAUAUUUGGACUUGCAAACGGAGAAAAAUUUUGCAGCUGGGCUUACUCUGUUAGCUGAUAAAGUAUCCAAGGAGAAGCUGGCAUUCGUUUAUAGAUUUGACUAUAGGCCCAAGACACAAUUUAUCAUUAAAGAUGUGCCUGAAUGGGCUGGCGUUCCCCACAUGUUUGAGCUACCAUUUGUCUGGGGACUUCCCCUAUUAGUUAACAGCCCUGUUCAGUGGAACUUCGCUGACAAAAAAAUGGCUGACGUGAUGAUGACGAUGUUGGCUAGUUUUGCUAGGGUUGGUAAUCCAUCCCUGAGUAAUGUUAAAUGGGAAUCAUACACUGAGGAAGAGCCUGGGAUCUUGAUUAUCGAUAGAAACAUCGAUAUGAGCAAUUCCAACGCAAUUGAUUACAAAGCACUGGCUUUCUGGAACGAAUAUUAUCCGAUGGUUCUUGAAGAGGCAAGGAAUAAUUGUUGUAAUAUAACCAGCCAAUCUAUUGCAUUGAGGAAAGCUUCUUAUGAGAUUAUUUUGAGUAGUUUUGUUCUUGUCAUAAUGUUUUGGUACAUAGAAUUAUAAUUAAUGGUAUAAAUUA